GGUUGAUUGUAAUCAAGGUUUGUACUCAUAGCAAUGGCUGUACCAUCUCUUCUAGCUACCGCCGCCUUUCUUCUUGUUCUGAAAGCGAACAUGAUCAUGGGUGCUCCAUAUUGUGGAUCGGUUAUUGUGGCUAGUGAUCUUGAUCUAGUCCAGGUCGCAUUGAACCUGGAAUUCUUGGAGGCAGAGUUUUUCUUAAUCGGUGCAAAUGGUGAAGGUCUUGACACCAUUGCCCCGAACCUGACCCAAGGUGGACCUCCUCCAAUUGGGGCUAGGAAGGCUAAUCUUGAUGACACCACUCAUCGAAUUAUUCAGGAGUUUGGCUUUGAGGAAGUCGGUCACAUUAGGGCUAUUUCGUCGAGAAUUGGCGGAUUUCCAAGACCACUGCUAAAUCUCAGCUCCCAGAUUUUUGCCACAAUAUUUGAUCAAGCAGUCGGCUUCCCCUUGGUGCCUCAGUUUGACCCUUAUGCUAACACGCUCAACUAUCUCUUAGCAAGCUACAUGAUUCCUUACGUGGGGCUCGUAAGUUAUGUUGGCACUAUUCCAUCACUUGUCACCUAUAAUGCUCGAAGUCUGGUGGCAUCUCUCUUGGGCGUGGAAGCUGGACAAGAUGCGGUUAUAAGAACUUUGCUGUACAACAGAGCCAACGAGACGGUGUUGCCAUACAACUUGACCGUGGCAGAGUUCACUGUCCAGCUGUCGAAUCUCAAGAACCGGCUUGCCGGGUGUGGAAACAAAGAUGAAGGACUAAUUGUACCACUGGAGCUUGGUGCUGAGAAUCGAACGACCAGUAACAUCUUAUCAGCAGAUAGUGAUUCUCUUUCGUAUGCAAGGAACGCCUACGAAAUAUUCAGGAUAAUAUACGGGACUGGUAAUGAGCACCUGCCUGGUGCAUUUCUUCCCCGUGGUGGAAAUGGGAAAAUUGCAAAAGGCUUGCUCGUUAAAGCGUAAAGAAAGCUACCUUUAAUUAGUUAACUAAUAAGCAUAUCUGUCUAAGUAUUAAUAACGGCUGUCAGCCAUGACUCCGAGUUUUCAUUUGAAUAAAAUUACAAUAUUAUGGUAUAAUUAAA